GACAAACCAUCCAAGAUGUCUUCCUCUAUGGGCAGCGGGAUGUUCCCCGGCCAGCAGCCCGCUGGUCCUCACCCUGUCGGCGGCCCGGGUCAGCCGGGACUACUGCCCGGAGGAGCUCCAGGGAACAGGGUCCAGGGCCCCAACACUCUGGUAGACGACCUGGAGGCUUCUUUCGAGGCUUGCUUUGCUUCCCUAGUAAGUCAAGACUACGUGAACGGAACCGACCAGGAAGAAAUUCGGACAGGUGUGGAUCAGUGUAUUCAGAAGUUUCUGGAUGUUGCCAGACAGACAGAAUGUUUCUUCCUGCAGAAGCGUCUUCAGCUAUCAGUCCAGAAACCUGAGCAGGUGGUCAAAGAGGAUGUGUCUGAGCUGCGGAAUGAACUCCAGAGGAAAGAGCUGCUGGUCCAGAAACACCUGUCUAAGCUUCACCACUGGCAGCAGGUUCUGGAGGAUGUCAGUGUCCAGCAUCGUAAACCGUCAGACCUCCCGCCACCUGGACCCCUGGCCUUUCUGGAACAGGCCUCUGCUAGUCUGCCCCCUGCACCACUCAAACAGACCUAACACAGGCCUCCGCUAGUCUGCCCCCUGCUCCACUCAAACAGACCUAACACAGGCCUCCGCUAGUCUGCCCCCUGCUCCACUCAAACAGACCUAACACACACCUCCGCUAGUCUGCCCCCUGCACCACUCAAACAGACCUAACACAGGCCUCCGCUAGUCUGCCCCCUGCACCACUCAAACAGACCUAACACAGGCCUCCGCUAGUCUGCCCCCUGCACCACUCAAACAGACCUAACACACACCUCCGCUAGCCUGUCCUUCGCUCCACUCUGACGUAACACACACCUCUCUCUCUUCCAGAGAGAACGUCAUCUUUAUGUUUUCUAUUUGACUUGUGUAAAUAUUUCUGUUGAGUCUGUUGUUUUGUCCUGACAGAAUACAUGAGUUUGGAUCAGAACACCGCCUGUUUUGUCCUGACAGAAUAAAUGAGUUUGGAUCAGAA